GAUGCGCAGCGGUGGACUGGUGCUUGGAGCCAUUUUAGUCUUCUUAGUGGCCGUUGUGUCAGCCGGUCGCGCUAAAAAGUGCAAAGAUGGAAAAGUAUAUGGAAGCUUUGGUCAAGAAUACGAUGCACCCAAAAACCCUUGUAAACCAUGCACGUGUCGCAACGGGAGAUGGAAGUGUGUUACUAUUGACUGCCCCAAGCCAAACUGUGACAACCCUUACAAACCACCGGGAAAGUGCUGUAAGGAAUGCAAACCAGGCUGCGAAAUUGAUGGAAAAAAAUAUAACGAUGGUGAAGAUGUGCCGAGUGACAAUAAGUGUGAAGUGUGCAAGUGCCUUAAAGGGACGGUAGAGUGCAACCCCACAGGAUGUCCACCUUUACCGUCUUAUUGUGAAAAACCGUACACACCAACGGGAAAAUGUUGCCCGGAAUGCAAAACAGGUUGCGAUUACAGUGACACGCACUAUGAUGAAGACGGCAAUGUCCCGAGCGACAAUAAGUGUAAAACCUGCAAGUGCAUCAAAGGGAAGGUAGAGUGCUAUCCCGUAGAAUGUCCGCCUUUGCCGUCGUUUUGUGAAAAACCAUACACACCACCGGGGCAAUGUUGCCCGGAAUGUAAAACAGGUUGCGAUUAUAAUGACAAGCACUAUGAUGAAGACGGCAAUGUCCCGAGCGACAAUAAGUGUAAAACCUGCAAGUGCAUCAAAGGGAAGGUAGAGUGCUAUCCCAUAGGAUGUCCACCUUUGCCGUCGUAUUGUGAAAAACCGUACACACCACCGGGGCAAUGUUGCCCGGAAUGUAAAACAGGUUGCGAUUAUAAUGACAAGCACUAUGAUGAAGACGGCAAUGUCCCGAGCGACAAUAAGUGUAAAACCUGCAAGUGCAUCAAAGGGAAGGUAGAGUGCUAUCCCGUAGAAUGUCCACCAUUGCCGUCGUAUUGUGAAAAACCGUACACACCACCGGGGCAAUGUUGCCCGGAAUGUAAAACAGGUUGCGAUUAUAAUGACAAGCACUAUGAUGAAGACGGCAAUGUCCCGAGCGACUAUAAGUGCAAAACCUGCAAGUGCAUCAAAGGGAAGGUAAAGUGCCAUCCAAUUGGUUGUCCACCGUUGCCGUCGUAUUGUGAAAAACCGUACAAACCACCCGGACAAUGUUGCCCGGAAUGUAAAACAGGUUGCGAUUACAAUGACAAGCACUAUGAUGAAGACGGCAAUGUCCCGAGCGACAAUAAGUGUAAAACCUGCAAGUGCAUCAAAGGGAAGGUAGAUUGCUAUCCCAUAGGAUGCCCACCUUUGCCGUCGUAUUGUGAAAAACCAUACACACCACCGGGGCAAUGUUGCCCGGAAUGUAAAACAGGUUGCGAUUAUAAUGACCAUCACUAUGAUGAAGACGGCAAUGUCCCGAGCGACAAUAAGUGUAAAACCUGCAAGUGCAUCAAAGGGAAGGUAGAUUGCUAUCCCAUAGGAUGCCCACCUUUGCCGUCGUAUUGUGAAAAACCAUACACACCACCGGGGCAAUGUUGCCCGGAAUGUAAAACAGGUUGCGAUUAUAAUGACCAUCACUAUGAUGAAGACGGCAAUGUCCCGAGCGAUAAUAAGUGCAAAACCUGCAAGUGCAUCAAAGGGAAGGUAGAGUGCUAUCCCAUAGGAUGCCCACCUUUGCCGUCGUAUUGUGAAAAACCAUACACACCACCGGGGCAAUGUUGCCCGGAAUGUAAAACAGGUUGCGAUUAUAAUGACAAGCACUAUGAUGAAGACGGAAAUGUCCCGAGCGAUAAUAAGUGCAAAACCUGCAAGUGCAUCAAAGGGAAGGUAGAGUGCUAUCCCAUAGGAUGUCCACCUUUGCCGUCGUAUUGUGAAAAACCGUACACACCACCGGGACAAUGUUGCCCGGAAUGUAAAACAGGUUGCGGUUAUAAAGACAAGGAAUAUGCUGAAGACGACAGUGUGCCAAGCGAGAAUCCUUGUGAAGUGUGCAAGUGUGUCAAAGGGAAGGUUGAGUGCGCAGUGAUAGAUUGCCCUGAACUGCCACCAUAUUGCGAAAAAUAUACGCCACCUGGAAAAUGUUGCCCGGAGUGUAAAACAGACAGCGGUUGCGAACUGAAUGGCAAGAAAUAUGCAGAAGGAGAAAAGGUUCCAACUCCAAAUCCUUGCAAGAUCUGCUCUUGCCAAUUUGGGAAAAUUAACUGCAAAGACGUCAAAUGUAAACAAUGCGAUGCGUACAAACCACCGGACAAGUGUUGCUGUUGAUUACGUCAUGAUUUCAAACACCGUUUGAUGACGUCGGACAGUAUCACUUAAAUGAAAAGACAUACCAUUGUUACAUUAUGUAACGAAUAAAGCAUUUCAAUGCAU